CCCUUAACGUCGCGUGAAAUAUACGUCACGCCGUGCGACACACUUCACAUAAUCGACGCAUGUAGCGCGUUAGCUGUUUAGCACUUUAGCUGUUGAUUUACCCGCUGUUUUCCUAUGGCGAAUGGAUGUCAGGACGUGUUAUUCACGCGAGGGGCCGGGCAGAGUGACGACUCCGAUAUUUGGGAUGACACUGCCUUGAUAAAAGCCUACGACAAGGCUGUUGCGUCAUUUAAGUCUGCCCUUAAGGGAGAAGACGAGGCACAAGCCUCAAUCAAAAUUCCUCCCGGAAAGAAGCGCAAAAACAACAAAAAGAAGGACAGCAGGAAAAGAACCAGUACAUCAACGGAUAAAGAAUGGCAAGUUGGAGAUUCCUGCUGUGCUUACUGGUCAGAAGACCGUCAACUGUACUCUGCUACCAUCUCCUCUGUGGACAAGGAUAAAGGCACGUGCAUAGUUGUCUACACAGAUUACGGCAAUGAAGAAGAACAGAACCUUGAAGACUUACUAUCAGAGAUUUCGGAAGGCAACCACGAAACCAAGACUACGACACAGGAGGCAGAGUCUUCCACAGAGGAGAGUGACCGGUCAACAGAACCAAGCCAGCACAAACAGCAUCUAAACAGUAAAACCCAAAGGGGCAAAUUCCACAAGGUUCCUCCUCCCAUGUGGGCUUCUGGAUUCCCUCCUCCAUGCCCACCUCCUAUGCCACCAUUUAGAAAGGGUGGGAAAAAACAACCUGGUAAUCAGGGGCAUUUCCCUCCCCCUUGGCAUCCUAUGAUGCAAUUUGGCCCACCGAUGAUCCCACCCCCUCCACCCAUUAGUCCAGACAUGGGAGAUGACGAGGCCAUGGGCAGCAUGCUCAUCUCAUGGUACAUGAGUGGGUACCACACAGGCUACUACUUGGGUUUGAAACAAGGUCGCAACAACGCUGCCAGAUGGAAUAAACCGCACCAGAAAUGAAAAAAAAGUUUUUCACCAGAAGUGGCUGUCUUUCUUGUUUGUCAACAUUUAUCUGAGGAGAAUGUUUUGUAUUCACUGUAAAUAGAUUUAAAUAAAGGCUGUGAAAUAACCACUUUGUGUAACUUC